UAAAAUAUUUAACAUUCAAAAUAACUUAUGAUCACCUAGAAAAAUUUGAAAUAUAUGAACUAUUUUGUAGGGUUUUCAAGAAAAUAUUAAGAAAUUCAAAAAAUAUUGUAUCCAGAAUUAAAUAUCAGCUGCAUCUAAGAUGUCACGUAGGAAUAUUAAAGUUCAAGCCGCAAACCUUAUAAAAGACGCUCUACCUGAUUUUGAAUUUUUAAACACUGAAUUGGAUAAUACUAGUAAUUUAGAUCAAUUUCAAACUCUAAGCAAUGAUACAAAAAUUCUUAAAGAAAUUUUGGAAAUAGUAAAGGAAUUAAAGGAAGAAAAUGAACAAAUAAAUCAAUUCAAUAAAAAUUUACAUGAACAAAAUAAAAAAUUAUAUAUACGUUUUGCACAAGAACUUGUUGGUCUCAAAAAUGAAAUCGCUGAUCUUAAAAUGUUAUUACCUAAUCGAGUUAAUAUGUCAUCUAAUCGACCUAAAAUAGUUUCCAAAAAACUACCACAAUUUCCUCUAACAACACUCGAAAAAAUUUUAGACUUCGAAAAAAGUUUAAAAAAGGACAAGGAAAUGCAAAUUGAACUUAUUGACAGAUUUAGCAGAGCUAACAAUGAGAACUUAACUCAAUUUAUAAAAGAAAACUUAAAAAUAAUUUUUGGAAAUGAUGAAGUAGCUUCAAAAUUUUCAUGGAAAAGCUCUAAAGAUAAUAUUAGUGUUGAAAAAUUUACAAUUGUGGAUAACCUAAGAGAGGCUUGUAUUACUUAUGUUUAUGCAGCCAAAGAAAAUAGAAUACACGAAGAUGUAAGACAUUUUUUCUCAACUAUAAAAGAUCGCGUCCGAAAAAGAAAAUCUUCAAAUAAACCACCGACAACUAUAAAAACUGCAAAAUUGGAUCAUGAUUCAGAUGGAUCAGAUAGCAAUGGAUUUGCCUGUUAAAAAAUAAUUAUAAGUAGGUAAAUACAUACAUAUGUAUGUAUAUGUAUAAAAAUUAGUAUUAGAAAUUUAGUAUAUUUUAUGUAUAUGAAUACUAUAUGAAAUUUUUUUCCAAUGACAUUUGCACAUACAUAUGUGUUAAAUUUCAAGUAACAAACUUUUUAAUAACCCACCAACCCCUUGCCAAAAAAUUCCACAGUUCUCAGUAUUUAUGGAAAUAUAUAGGUAUCUGAAUAUGUAUGCAUGUAGACCGCAAAGUACUAUUGCUUAAGUGAGCUCGUUCACUUGAAGGAUUUUAUUUGAUCGGGAAAUGAGUUAAAAAUUCAGAAUUACAAACGCAUAUCAGCAUGUGCAUAUAUAUACCUUUGUUAUAGAUUAUAAAAUGAAAGAAGUAAUAAACUAUGUAUGAUUUCAAAAUUUAUUUUCACUUUAUAUUUCUUUUCUUUGUAAUUAUAAAUAAAAUAACAAUAGUUGGAGUUCUUAAAUAUAAGCGCAUUAAAAUUAUAGUAUAAUUCUUUAUCUUUUAUUUAUAAUUUAUUACAAUUAUUUUUUUUAUUACUUACACUCAAAUAUGAAUUAUUAAAGUAAACUGCAUGAGUUUAAAUGAUACUAAAUUUUUUACAUUUUAAUUCAUAAGCAUUUUAAAUCUAAUAAGAGCCAAUCGAAAAUGCAAUUAUGUGGGACUAAUUCACUCAAUUAAGAUUUUAAAAUUUGUAAUACAAUACAUGUUAAAUAUAUCAAGAACAUAUAAAAUUUUUUCAAUUUAAUUGCUUAUUUCAUUGGCG